AUGUGCUCCGCCGCGGAUCCGCCAGCAUCUCACCAGGAGCGGAGAGCGCGGUGCGGCCCGCCGCGGGGAUGCUCCCGCUCGGGGCGGGCGGGCGAACUCCUGGGUCCCCUGCUCAGCGUCCCGGUCUGCGAUCCCGGCCGGCGAUCCCGGGGCGGCAGCUGGGGCCGGAGCCGGGGCGCCGUGCUGCUGCUCUUCUUCUCGCUGUCGCCGCGGCCGCCGGCCGGGGCCGCCUGGCUGCUGGGGCUGCGGCCCGAGGACACGACGCCGGGCCGGGUGUCUCUGGAGGGCGGCGCGGUGCAGGCGGCGGAGGGCAGCCGCUUCCUCCUGCGCCUCUAUUUCCAGCCGCCGCCCGAGGGCAACGGCAGCCGCGGGCCGGCGGGGGAGCGGGAGCCGCGGCUGGUCUUCAUCGAGGAGGCGGCGGCGGGGAGCGCGGCGGCGCGGGGCCCGGCGGAGCGGUGCGGCUUCUUGCUGCGGGUGCGGCCGGCCGCCCCGCCGCUGGGCACCUGGCUGCUGCCGCUGCCCGAGGCGGGCUGGCUGCGGGCGCUGGGCGCCCUGCUGCUGCUGGGGCUGUCGGCGCUGUUCAGCGGGCUGCGCCUCUCGCUGCUCUCGCUGGACCCGCUGGAGCUCCGCGUCCUGCGCAACAGCGGCUCGGCCGCCGAGCGGGAGCAGGCGCGGCGGGUGCAGGCGGUGCGCGGCGGCGGCGGCACCUACCUGCUGUGCACGCUGCUGCUGGGGCAGGCGGGGGCCAACGCGGCGCUGGCCGGCUGGCUCUGCGCCUCGCUGCCCGGCGGCGGGCCGGCGGCGGCGGCCGGCGGGCCGCGGGGAGCGCCCUGGCUGCCGGUGCUGCUGUGCACCGCCGCCGUCUUCCUGGGCGGCGAGGUGCUGCCCUACUCGGUGUGCUCGCGGCACGGGCUGGCCAUCGCCUCCCGCACGCUCUGCCUCACCCGGCUGCUGAUGCUGGCCGCCUUCCCCCUCUGCUACCCGCUCAGCCGCUUGCUGGACUGGGCGCUGCGGCAGGAGCUCAGCGUCUUCUCUACGCGGGAGCGGCUGCUGGAGACGCUGCGCGCCGCUGGCCCCCACGGCGACCUGGUGCGGGAGGAGCUGGCCAUGGUGCAGGGCGCGCUGGAGCUACGCACCAAGGUGGUGGAGGAUGUGCUGACCCCGCUGGCCGACUGCUUCAUGCUCCGAGCCGAUGCUGUGCUGGACUUCGCCACCGUCUCUGAGAUCCUCCGAUCUGGCUACACCCGCAUUCCGGUCUAUGAGGGUGACCGGCGCGACAACAUUGUCGACCUGCUCUUUGUCAAAGACCUGGCCUUUGUCGACCCUGAUGACUGCACUCCCCUGCAGACUGUCACCCGCUUCUACCGCCGGCCGCUCCACUGCGUCUUCAAUGACACGCGCCUCGACACGCUGCUGGAGGAGUUCAAGAAGGGAAAGUCCCACCUGGCCAUCGUGCAGCGGGUGAACAAUGAAGGGGAAGGAGACCCGUUCUACGAGGUGAUGGGCAUCGUCACCCUGGAAGAUGUCAUUGAGGAGAUCAUCAAGUCCGAGAUCCUGGAUGAGACGGAUCUGUACACUGACAAUCGGAAGAAGGAGCGGGUUCCCCACCGGGGACGCAAGCCCCAGGAUUUCUCCAUCUUCAGGCUCUCAGAGAGCGAGAUGAAGGUGAAGAUCUCCCCGCAGCUCCUCUUGGCUACCCAUCGGUUCAUGGCAACAGAAGUGGAGCCUUUCAAGUCCCCCUACCUCUCCGAGAAGAUCCUGCUGCGGCUCUUGAAGCACCCCAAUGUCAUCCAGGAGCUCAAGUACGACAGAAAGAACAAGAAGGCAGCGGAGCAUUACCUCUACCAGCGCAACCGCCCUGUCGACUACUUUGUCCUCAUCCUGCAGGGGAAAGUGCAGGUGGAGGUCGGCAAGGAAGGACUGCGGUUUGAGAAUGGGGCGUUCACCUACUAUGGCGUCCCUGCCAUCAUGGCUGUUGUCUCCUCAGAAAACGAUGUGCGAAAAAUGGGAAGCCUGGCAGGAUCCUCCUUCCUCCUGCCUGUCUCAGUGUCCCGUACUUUCGCCUUCAGCAGAGGGGACUCCCUGGCUGGCUCUCCAGUGAACAGGUCACCGUCGCGCUGCAGCGGCCUCAACCGCUCCGAGUCCCCCAACCGGGAGGACUAUGGAGGCAGCAGCACGCAGCUCCACAGCAGCAGCAACAACAUCUACACGCCCGACUACUCCGUGCACAUCCUCUGCGACGUGCAGUUCGUCAAGGUGACCCGGCAGCAGUACCACAACGCGCUGGUGGCCAGCCGCAUGGACAGCUCACCUCAGUCCCCCGACAUGGAGGCCUUCGACAGGGAUUCCACCAAGGCCUCGACUGCGCGGGGAACCCCACAGACACCCAAGGAGGACCCUGCCACCCUCCUGAAUGAGAGGAACAGCAUCAUGUGCAGCCGCUCCGAGGGGCAGCGCAGUCCCAGCGAGUCAGUGUUCCUGCGCAUGGAGGGCAUCCCCUUCAUCCAGGAGGAGCUGGCUGACAACGAGGAGAACAGCAAGCGGCAGAACAGUGAGUGCUGCGGGACUGUCCUGGAAGCAGAGUCCCCAGGUCGAGAGGCUGGGACCAGCUCAUCGCCGAGCAGCUCUGAGGAGGCGCUGGGCAAGAGGCUGCUGAGAUCCCUCAGUGGGCGCAAGCAGCGGACAUCAUCAGAAGGUGAGAAGUCGCCAGAAGAAAGCUCCAAUCUCGCCCCAUUAAUCACCUGAGCAGCAGCGUGGCCAGAGCACAGUGCUGGAGGCCCAUGCAGACUGGAGGUCUGCAGCAUGGGGGUCUCCUGCCGUGAGGCUCGUGUCCAACAGCAGGAGGUCUGCACUCGCUCGCUGCCUGUCCGCCCGCUCGUGCCGCCCCUCCCUGCAGGAUCUGUGCAGAGCCCCAUCCCCAGGAGAGAAAGGAUGAACCCCGGCAGGGCUGAAGCACGCAGGUAGCCUGGACCAGCUAGCUGGAGUCCGAGGGCCCUUGCCCUUGCGAGCCGCUCCCUGGUAGCAUCUGGUCUCAAGGAAGAGGUGGAAAAAGGAAAGGUGAAAAAGUAUCUGUCACGGCAUCCCUGCAAGCAGUGCAGGGAGGGGCAGCCCAACCCAGAACUGCCCUUUACCAUCAUUUACCAUCCCCAUCCCAGCGGGGCCUGGAGCCCCGUGGUGCUGCAAGACGUGGUCUCCAGCACGAGGAGAACGUGCUAUUUGGGGGUGCCACGCGCAGCUCAGGGCCCAGCACACGAGUGUGCCGUGCCUGGUGACACGCCCGCUUGCAGCCUCGCUCACGCUGACCAUGGACACGGCCCAGCGCUCCCGAAGCCCUGCCAGGCACAGGGCAAGGAGCCCCGCUCACCCCCGGGUGCAGCCCCCUGGCUGGGGAGGGGGCUCUCCACGCUGCACCGGACCACCCUCCUCUCCACACGCCUGCCGCUGUGAGGGAGGCUCGCUCCAAGACUCGGGGUGGGACAGACCAGUCAGUAGUUUUUGUAGAGGCUCAAUGCAACAGGGAUAUCAACAUUAAAAGUGAUUUUUCCCUGAGCGAUGCCCUCUCUGUGUCCAUGGGAGAGGGAGAGACUCUAACCCCCCAGCAGGCCAGGCUGCCCUCAUACCCAGCGCCAGAGCUGCCUGCAGGAACAGGACUCAGACCCACUGAAGGGAGCAAGAGAACGGGUCAGCAAGUGCUGCCCAAAUUCUUGCUCUGCAGCUGAGCUCUCUGUCACUCCUGCUGCCUGGAAAGCACUUGGCAAGCAGGGAGAUAAGCCCCAGCUGUGCAGAUGAGGACUGGGGAAAACCAGGAGUUAAUAUCAGGCCAUUGCAAACACAAUAGUGGGAUACACGUGCUGGAGUACAGCCUGACAGAUAAGGACAGAAAUCUCAUAGUCCACCCAUGCUGAUAAAACUUCAGCUGGAAUAACUGCAGCCCUGUCUGGCACUGUCCUUCCAAGGAAACACACAGCAAUUGAAAAGUGGGCAGAGGAAAGCAAGGGCUGGAAAACAACCUACCCCAAAGGCUGAAGGAAAUAAAGUCACUUAAUCUUUAGUGGUGAAGGAUGUGAAGGGGAGAGAGGAAGUUUUCAAAUACAUAAAAAGCUGUUGUACAGAGGAAAGGAAUAAUCUGUUCUCUGUUGCCAUGGUAAAUGGGAUAAUUGGUAAUGAGCUUACACCGCAGAAAAGGAGAAAUUUAGGUCACUUGCUAGGAAAAACAAGGUUGGUAAGACUAGCAAAAUACCAAUAUAGAUCACAUGGGGUGGGGCCAGCCUUCACACCAGGAGGUCUGUAAGGGCAGAAGUGUAAGCAAAUACCGUAAAUAAAAAACAUUAACUCCUCCU